AGUAGGCGCGCGGUUAUGAUGUCACGCACACGCGAUUUGCGUGCGUCUAAAAUACUUUACGUUGCACGCGUGGAGUGUGCUGUGAUCAAUAUCGACAGGGAAGGAUGAGCGUGGACGUGGAGCGUGUGUUGAUCCAGCUCCAGGAUGAGACCGGAGAGGUGCUCGGAUCCCCCUUCGAUGUGCCGCUGGACAUCAGUCCGGAGAAACUGCAGUUGGUCUGCAACGCACUGUUACAGAAGGAGGAGCCUGUGCCGUACCUGUUCUUUGUGAAAGAUGCAGAGGUGGUGUCGUCCCUGGGCUCCUGUGUUCAGGACCUGGGCCUGGAGACUGAGCAGGUGCUGCCGGUUGUGUACCAGCCGCAGGCCGUGUUUCGUGUCCGGGCCGUGGCUCGAUGCACCAGCUCUCUGGAGGGCCACACAGAGGCUGUCAUCUCUGUGGCUUUUAGCCCUACAGGAAAAUAUCUGGCCAGUGGAUCUGGGGACACCACCGUGAGGUUCUGGGAUCUGAGCACAGAAACACCACACCACACUGCUAGGGGACACACACAUUGGGUUCUGUCCAUCGCCUGGUCUCCAGAUGGCAAGAAAUUAGCAUCAGGGUGCAAAAACAGUCAGAUCUUCUUGUGGGAUCCAAUCACAGGAAGUCAGAUCGGAAAGACCUUGACGGGACAUACAAAGUGGAUCACCUGGCUGUGUUGGGAACCCCUCCACCUGAACCCAGAGUGUCGAUAUUUGGCUAGCACCAGUAAAGACUGUUCGAUUCGGAUCUGGGAUACGGUUUUGGGCCGCUGUGAUAAGAUCCUAACCGGCCACACACAGUCAGUGACGUGUGUAAAAUGGGGAGGUGACGGUCUCCUGUACACUUCAUCUCAGGACAGAACCAUUAAAGUCUGGAGAGCCAAAGACGGGGUUCAGUGUCGUACAUUGCAAGGUCACGCUCACUGGGUCAACACGCUGGCCCUCAGCACAGACUACGUUCUGCGCACAGGAGCAUUUGAGCCGGCUACUGCAACCAUAAACCCUCAGGAUCUCUCUGGAUCAUUGGAAGAGAUCAAGGAAAAGGCUUUGAAGCGCUACAACAGUGUCAGAGGUGAAGGCCAUGAGAGGCUGGUGUCAGGAUCUGAUGACUUCACAAUGUUCUUAUGGAACCCAGCAGAGGAGAAGAAGCCAGUGGCUCGAUUGACGGGACACCAAGCACUGGUAAAUGAGGUGCUGUUCUCACCGGACACACGGCUGAUCGCCAGCGCUUCCUUCGAUAAGUCUAUAAAGAUCUGGGACGGAAAGACGGGAAAGUAUCUGAGCUCACUUCGCGGUCACGUGGGCUCAGUGUACCAGGUGGCGUGGUCCGCAGACAGCCGUCUGUUGGUCAGUGGCAGCAGUGACAGCACUCUGAAGGUGUGGGACAUCAAGAAGGGCAAACUGACCGCAGAUCUGCCUGGACACGCUGAUGAGGUUUUUGCAGUUGACUGGAGUCCUGACGGACAGAGAGUGGCCAGUGGUGGAAAAGACAAGUGUUUAAGAAUAUGGAGGAAGUAACCCGGAGAAACCUGUGACCUCUGGCUCUGCACACAACAGCCAAUCAGGCGUCUCAAAGCAUCACCCCAACAGGAGGUGGACAGCAGUGUCGGAGCAUUAAGCCUUAGCCUAUUUGUCAAACAAAACCGCUUCGACAGCAUCACAGUAGCUGACAUAUAAUGCUCUCUGAUGGUGUCAGGCCAGAUAACGGGAAGAUAAAACGCUGCCUUAUUUUUUUUUUUGCCUGACCCCCCAAUCAAAUGAGCAGUUGCCCUGUGGAAGUGCAGGUGAAUUGACCCAGUCUAAUCUGUGUAAUCUUUCUCACACACAUUCUUUGUCAUUAACUUAAUCCCUAAUGCUGUGAUAUAGCAGCAUUAACUGGGUCUGUUCCAGGGCCAAGAGAUAACCAGUGUCGUCACAAUGGACCGUACUACGUCAGCUGAGACGUUUUCUCAUUUAGCAGCAAUAAAAGGAUUUUUAUUGGA